AUGCACUCGGUGUCUCUUCGAGCAGCGCCUUCCGCCUCUUCCGCGUCGCCUUCCUCUGCGCUCGCCUCGGCGUCUGCCUCCACGAGAAUCUCGCGUGUCUCGACUGCCCAUCGCCCUGCGGCUUGCAUGCAUGCUGAAGAUGGAAAGGGCGGCGCGGCGGGCUCUCUGCAGCCGCCGAGCGCCUUCGCGGCGACGCGCCGCUCCUUCGCCACUGCCUCCGCAUUCUUCGACGAAGAGGGGACUCCCGCGUCAGCAUGCCUCAACAUUCUUGGGCGAACCAUCGCUCUUCCCUCUUUUUCCCCGGCCUCUGGCGCCUCGCAAGAUGCAUGCACCGGCGGCCGAGCGCAAGCAGCUGGCGAGGCCGAAGCUGCGAAACGCGCAGAGAAUCCCCCGCACCGAGAACGCCCAUCUCCACUGUCGGCUGUUUCCUCCAGUGUCGCCUCUUUCUCUCCUGCGUCCACUUCCGCUUCUCGGGGGUCGCCUGCACGGAUGCGCGGCCGAGGCACGGGGAGAAGGGCGCUCGGUCCUUUUUUGGGAUUUCCGUUCCGUGAGACCAGUUCUUGCCUCAUUCCGGACUUCCUCUCGCUCUGUUUCACGCCUUCGUUGAGCACGCCCAGCCACGAGUUGACGGCGCAAUUCUUCGUCCUGGACUGCAUGAUGCAGUCCACUGCGGGCCUCGCGGCGCCUGUUCAGCUGCCGCUGUCGCCAUCUUCGUCGCUCUCUUUCGAGCCGUCGAUUCGAUGCGCGCUGCAUCCUCCCGCCGCUCCCGCGGGGUGCUGUGAGUCGCCGGCGCGGCCGCUCGCAGCUCCAGCUGCCAAAGAAAAGGCGCUUUCGCACAGCGAAAACAAACACCGAGCCGUCGACGCUCUCAAGCACGUGCUCGGCCCGUGCGUCCUCGUUCCUCCCUGCGUCGUCGCUCUCCCACUGCAUGCGCCCAUGGUCCUCAUCGACCGCCAACCUGCAGCGACGCCCGCCCUCACCUCUCUCUUUUUCCCCCCCUCGUGCGCCUCUUCGCUGGGGGCCCGCGCCGCGCCCCCGGCGCGGGCCUCGCCCGCCUCGGGUGUACGUACACCCGAGAGACCCAGCGCUGCGCGGCCGGAUCUCAGCGGGUUUUUUCGCCUGCUGAGAACCCGUGAGAAACCUCUUUCAGCCACCGAGAGCGAGAGCAAGGGAACAGACGAGCCGGCCGGCCGCGUGGGGGGAGCUUCGCCACCGGACGCGACUUUUGACUCGGAGGUGGAGAAGGAAGGGGAGCGGGAGGCGGAGAAGGCCCUCGAGUUGAUUGACGAGGAAUUCGCGGCUGCAGCUGCGCCCGCGUGUCCGUUCCAUGCUGCGUUUGUCGCUUCGCUUCGAGCCGCCCUCGCCCGCUGGCUGAGGUCGCCGCCUGUCUUGCCGCCGGAGUCUUUGCCGUCUUCCGGAACGAAGUUCGUGUCUCUUCCUCGCGCUGGGGAGGCGGGAACACGCGGCCCUCGGUCGGCAGGUCUCGGCGCGGCGCCUUCCAACGCCUCCCGAGGGGUGCACGUCUGCGUCGUCAUUCCUCACCUCUUCUUCACCUUCAAAAGUGGGCAUCUCACCACCAUCGCCGCCCUGCUCCAGACCGGCUACCAGAGACGCUCUCUCAAUCGGAUGCGCCGCAGCGGGUCUGCGUCUCUUUCUGCUUCUCAAGAGCCGCGGGCUGGCGAGGCCUCGGGGACGCGUUUGCUGCCUGGGCGGGCGAGGGAAGAGACAGAGGGACUGGGGGACGACAGAAGGAAGCUCGCGGACGAGAGGCGCGAGAGGGCCCUUCCCUCCACGGCCUGGCUGCCACUCGCGUACGCCUUCCAGCGCGGCGUGAGAGAGCGCGAGGACGCGAGCGAAGACGAGGGAGAAGACGAGAGAGCAUGCGACAGAGAAGGCGAGAAAGGGAGACGAAACAAAACGCCAAGCACAGACCGCACACAUGACAUUCUCCUCAAGCAACAGUAUGUGCACGGCAUCGUUCUCGCUUCCUAUCUAGAAGUCUACGUCCUUCCCAAAGCAACUGCAAACUCGCCGUCUCCUCUCGACUCCUCUGCCGGACCUCGCUCUCCUCGCUCGUCUGUCGCUUCUAACGCUGCGGAUGCACCCGCGUCGCCGGACUCGGCGAAGGAAACGCGAAACUGGACGUGGGGGGGGGAUCUCGUCGACGUGGCCGUCGUGGGAGGCUCCUUCGGGAGCGAAACCCUUCGCGAGCUCCAAAGGAAAUUUCGGCAACCUGCCGGCAUCACGCUCGGCGAUUUCGUCAGCGUCGCCGUGGAACAUUUCUCGACUCUCUUCGUCGAGGCGUGCGUCCUCGCCGCAACCGGGCACGCGGCGCGGGCUGUCGCACUUUUCCAUUCGGCCUUCCGAGCAGCGUGGCGCCACAUCGGCCAAACCUCCGCGUCCCUCUCUCGUCCUCUUUCCCCCUUCGCCUCCCGCCUCGCCUCUUCUUCAUCUCCGUCUCCCUCUCCUCCUUCUCCUUCUCCUUCCUGUCCUUCUCCUCCUUUCCCUUCUUCUCCUUCUCCUCCUUUCCCUUCUUCUCCUUCUCCUUCCUCUUCUUUCGCCUUUGCUCGCUCGGUUUCCGCGGAGAUCGAAGCGUUCUUCGUCCGAGGCCGCAACGGGUGCCCGCCGCUCGCAACGCUCGCGUCUGCCUGGCGACGUGCCGUUUCGCAGUGGGUUCGCGAAGAAGCGAGUCGCCUGCGGGCGGUGCGACGACGCAUCGAGGACCUGGAAGCGGAGCUCCGCUUUUCUGCAGAGUGCGAGCGGGAAGAGGCGUGCGGAACCGCCCGGCUGGGUCCGUGGUGGCGAGCCGAGCAGCAGCAGGCUGCAUGCACCGCCAAGAAGGUCGCGAGGAAAAGCAUCGACAACUGCGUCACCGUUUGUUGCGAAAUUUUCGAGGUGACGGAGAUGGUCUUGGACUCGCUCGAAGGUUCCGGAAAGGCCGCGGCCCUGUGGACGUCGGUAGUGGCUUCGCUCGCGUGCCUUCAAGGCGAGGCCAUGGACUUUGUCUCGGAGCUUCUCUGGCUCUUCCCUUCGGCCAAGUUUCUCACCGAAGAAGCAAAGGAAAAAAUUUCGCAGCGACUCGCGACUCCCCCCCGAGCCCGACGGUCUGGGCGUCAGGAGACUCGCGCGCCGGUGCGUCACCGGCCUGUCUCCUUCUCGACUUUCGGGAAGCUCGCGCUGGUCUCGGAUGUCCCUCCCCCCGACUUUCGGUCGCGUUGCGCAUCGCUCUCUUCCCUUGACUCGGCCGAUGCCUCGCCCGGGUCUCGCGGCGAGGCGAGUUACGAGGAAAAAGCGGAAGGUUUCUCGCUCUCUGCAUGCGUCGCGAAGGCGCUCGGCGUGGAGAGAGACCGUGGCAAGGGAAAGAAAGGAGCCAAGCUCUCUCAGGAAGGUGACGCCGAAGUCGGAGUGCUCUGGCGACUCGUCCUCGUCCUCGCAGCAACCGCCUUUGAACGCGCGCAUGCAGUGGCAACGCGUCUCAAGAACGACGACGCCGUCAGGUGGGAAGUCGCCGUCGCCGUCGCGAGUUUCCUCACCUACGCCGUCCAGCUCCCACACGCGGCUGCUUGUCUGCUUCAAGGCUACCAUCCAGGCGCCUCGUCUUCCACUGCUACCUCGUCUCUCGCGUGUUCAAUGCUCGAGGAACAAGCGCGACGCUUCCUGGCCCUCUGCUCGUCGCGGGUUAUUCUCCUCCGCGUCCAUCUCGACGCACAGCGUCUCCUUGCGCUCGCGCAGUCCUCACCCCUCGCCUGCUUUCUGUCUCCGGAGUCGCAGGCAGACCGAGCUGGGGCGCGGGCGGCGACCCCGCCCCCAGCCGCUCGUGCCGCGAAGGGGGAACAAGAGGCGAAGGCGAAGCGGGAAGGCGCCUCCGGGGGCAGCCGAGGAAAAACGAGUGCAUAUGCAGAUACGCUAGCUUUUCCUCUCGCGGGACGUGCGGCCCACCUCGACAGGGACACCCUGCACAACCCCGGAAGCUUUUCUCACCUUCUUGCGCGCCCCUUUGCGAGCUGUCUUGCUUCAGGGGCGCCCAGUUUGCGGCGCGAGACGCUCGCGCCCGGGUACCUCCCGUCUCCGCCGAAUUCGCCGAAACAGCGUCUUCCGUUGCCGGGCGAGGCGCUGUCUGGACCUCGUGAAGAGUUCUCAGUGAAUGCGUUGGCGUUAUCGUCGUCUGCUUCGCAACCGUCUUGUUCUCCGUCACCGAGUCCUUCCUCGACACUCUCUGCGCGGAGCGAGCGACAGGUCCGGGCUGGGCCCCGGGCGCAGGAUCCCCAUUCGCCUGCGCGCCGUGAGGAAGAAGGCGCCGCGGCUUCCUUCCUGGCCGACGCGUUCUCGCGGUCUUUCGCUUUUGCAAGGCCGAACGCUGAGACCAUGCUGCGGCGGGCCCCUGCACCCCCCGUCGACUGCUCUGCGUACCUUCCCUCCGACGACUCUUGUCAACGCGUGGAAGGCGACGCAGGCGAGAAGGCGCAUGGAAGCGGGUGGGGAGAAGCGGGCGAGACGGAGGAACCACCCGCCCAGUCUGAGGGGAGGGAAAGAACAGGAGACGAAACAGACAGCGACGUCGAGAAAGAGGAAAACGAGGCAGACAGCGCGUUCCCUUCCACCAGUCUCCGAGGAGAGAAUGGGAGAUCUUUGGAUGGCUCUUUUCCGGAAUCGAAGCUUCUCUCUUUCGGCGACCAACCAGCAGCACCGAGGCCGGCUCGUGGGCAGCGCUUGCUUUCGGGGGGGCCUCGAGAGCGCGAGGACUCUGUGCCAAGUUCUCUUUCUGGAGCUGGCGUCGGCGCCCGUCAGUGCAGCGACGGAAGAGACACUUUGGAUCGCAGAGAGAAAACGCGUCUCUUCGAGCUUCUCAAGCUCCACCUCGCGGGCCCGUCUUCACGCUUCAGGUGGAUUGCGGGGAGCCUCCUCCUGGCGCCCGAUCCGACAGACGAAGGCGCGGGACGAGAGGAAGGCGAGGCCGAAUCGAAGGAGAAACGGCCGGGUCAAAUUCAGUUUCUUACCGGCUGCGUGCUGCCCACAGUGUCUACAAGGAGACGCCAAGAAGAGCGAGAGUCGCGUUGCAUUUCCUCGCCUUCGGAAUGGGAGAGAAAAAUGCCAACAGGAAACGGCGCGUGCGCCGGUCCUCCGUCUCGGCAUGUCUCCUCUCCCUGCGCCGCAGGUGCCCACCGCUUCUCGAGGGCGUGUCCCGUGCUUCUCACGGAUCUGAGAGAAGAGAACAAAGCUGCGAGAGCUCAAGCGAAUCAAGCUGUGCGCGAGUGGACACGCGCCCUCGCCGAGCGGUACCCUGAGCUGGUCGGGUCUGUAGAGGCUGUGGGGUCUGCGCCGCUCGUCCUGGCCCAGGCGCUCGGCCUCCUCACUCCGUGUCCCCUCGCCGCGUCCAGACCGCUAGUUGGGCUCGGACGCCCGAGACCAGAGGGCGCCCGGCCUGUCUCCGCUGGAGACAGCCACGGCGAGUCGGGCCCGCAGCGCGCGGACAUCUUCCCGGGGGGGGGCCGAAGUGAAAGAGAGCCAGGGAGGUGCCCACAGAGGGUUCUUUGGGUGUGCAGGAGCUGGGACGAACUCGAGAGUUUGGCACAUGUGGAGGAAAGGUCUUACUGA